AUGUCUAGUUCUUACGAUCCAAACAUUGACAAGUCAUCCUCCCCCUUGACCCAGCCGAGCGAGCCACUCGCUUCCCCGCAGGACGAGCCGGCCAGCGUUCCCACCGACGUCGCCCCGGCCGCCGCCUUGGACUUUGACGUGAACAGUACCUCCACCAUCGUCAUCUCGACUGGCCGCGUGCGAGAGCACCCGUGCUGCCACUGCCUCCCCGCUUACUUCAACCGCGCUCAUGAGCAUGGCGACCAAGUUCUUGCUCUGGCCAAAGGCGUCGGCGAGCUAUCUUUGGAGCCCGAGAACGCUGGCAAGAAGAACACUGCUCUCAUGGCCAUCGUAGUCGAGCUCGAGGCUGCUCUGGCCUAG